AUGUCUGUCAAUAGUAAGAAAAAAUUCGAAGGAAAAGUUGCUGUUGUGACAGCUUCAACUGAUGGAAUAGGUUAUGCUAUUGCCAAUCGUCUUGCUUAUGAUGGUGCUAAGGUUAUGGUUAGUAGUCGUAAGGGAACUAAUGUCAACAGAGCUGUGGAAUUGCUUCAGAAAGAACAUGGAAGUGAGUCAGUGUCUGGUGUUGUCUGUCAUGUUGGUAAAGAUGAGGACAGAAAAUCACUGAUUAAAGAGGUUAUUAAAAAGUUUAGACAAAUUGAUAUUCUAGUUGACAAUGCUGCAGUUAACCCUAGUCCAGGAAAAACUAUUAAAUCUGUCUAUUGUGUUAGUAAAACGGCUUUGUUUGGUUUAACAAUGGCAUUAGCUUAUGAGCUAGGAGAAGACAACAUUAGAGUCAAUUGUAUUGCACCUGGACUAAUUAAACACGCUUUGGAGAAUUGUUUUGGAAAAAUGAAACCUAUAAUUGGUGAACCAGAAGAUUGUUCUGGUGCUGUUUCUUUUCUAUGUUCAGAAGAGGCCAGCUACAUUACUGGAGAGACCAUAACAAUGGCUGGAAAGUCUGCUAGAAUAUAA